GCUUGGGACAAACUAAGGGUUGUUCGUGAAGGGGGUGACCAAGUUAGAACACUAAAACUUCAAAUGGUGCUUGCACAAUUUGAAGAACUUAGGAUGUCUAAAACUGAGUCUAUCUCUGAGUUCUAUGGGAGAGUUGAGAUGAUAAAAAAUGAAGCUUUGAGUCUUGGUCAACCUAUUGAUGAACUUCUUGUUGUUCAGAAGAUUCUUCGUGUUCUUCCUUCUAGGUUUAGAGCGAAGAAAACCACAAUCAUGGAAAUCCAAAAUUUAAAUGAAAUUAAGCUUGGCAAGCUUAUAGCUUUUGAGGAUGAGAUGGCUUUGUUUGUUAAAAAAUUUAGAAGAAUUCUCAAGAAUAAGGGGAAGUUUGCAAGAGAGGAUAGUUCUAGUAGUGAGAGAAAGUUUAGAUCAUCAACUGAUCGGUCUAAUGAGCGGAACAAGGAUGUCAAACCCUUCACUAAAGACUUUAGGAAAUCAGUCAAAUGCUUCACAUGUGGAGGCAUUGGGCACUAUGCUGCCGAUUGUGCAAAUAACCAGAAAAAAUACUCCAAAGGAAAGGACAAAGCCAUGAAAGUAAGUUGGAGUGAGAGUGAGAGUGACGUAUCUCAAGAGGAUUCAUCGUCCUCUGAUGAUGAUGAUCAACAAAUUGCCUUCGUUGUCUUUGUACAAUUGUUGUUUGAUGAUUCUACUUUUGAUUCAGAUGACUAG